CAAAUUAUUUCCCUCCCACAGAAAUCUCAACUUGACCCAACUUCGAAGCUGACCCAACUUCCUCCAACAUGAAGAUUACCAUAAUCGUCGCCGUCUUGACUGCCUGUGUCGUGUCGCUGCCCACCCUUCCUGGCCCAGGGCAUGCCCAGACCAACGCCGACGAAUCCUACCUGCCUAUGAAGUCUCGCGCGGAGACAAGUGCCGAUGAAUCCUACGAUCCGAUGAAGAGAGCCGAGACAAGCGCCGACGAGUCAUACCUCCCUAUGAAAGCUCGCACCGACACGAGCGCAGGCCACAUAUGAUACACGGGCCGUUGGAAUACCCCUGUUAUGUCUUCGGUUCAUCCGAAGCAUACCAGGCACUUCAUAGUCAAUGAUCUACAAUGCCUUGUAUAGCUUAAGCCUAUAACACUAAAUGCAGCCCCACGUUAAGC